AUGGAGGUCGCGCAGCCCCACCAGGCGAGCGACGCCCAGGCAGGAGCGGAGGAGCCGGCCAUGAAGUUGCUGUUCGUGGAGAUGGGCGUCGGCUACGAUCAGCACGGCCAGGACAUCACCGCCGCCGCCGUGCGCGCCUGCAAGGACGCCAUCACCUCCAACUCCAUCCCCGCCUUCCGCGGCGGGUCCAUUCCUGGAGUGAACACCGACCAGAUGAAGCUGCAGAUCAAGCUCGGGGUGCCGAAGUCGACGCAGCACUUGCUGGAUGCUGAGAGAGUCAAGGCCGUCUUCCCCUACGUCAAAAUAAUCAGCUUCGAGGUAGUUGAUGGUGGCAUGAUCUGUUCAAGCGGCGUGUGCCUGGAAGCAAUGGGGGAUAAGAACGAUGACUGCUACAUAGUCAACGCUGCAGUGUUCUGGUCAUCCAGACCUUUGACAGUGCUGCAGGCUGCCGCGGCCCCGAUGCCGACUGGCGACGGCUGCUGCUGCACCGCCGUGUCCUCAACGAACUCGUUGCCAGGUCGCCAAGCAGAUCGUGGCCGCAGCGUGCAUCCACGCACGCAGCCCGGUUUCGCCCCAAAUCCAUCCAACCAACCAACAAUUUCUUUCUUUUUUGGCAAUACGCUGAACGUUUUUUUGGCAAUAGGCUGA